GUAGUUUAAGGAGUAUUGGGUAUGAAACCUUGCUCUGCCAUUUACUGGACAUUUCUAACUCAUAACUCAACUCUCUAAACCUCAGCUUUUUUCUUUGUGCAAAAGUGCUGAACAAAUACCUGGUACGUUGUUUUAGUGGGACUGAACACAGGAAGGACGGCUUGCUUUUCAGAUUGUUGGAGGUAGAUAAUUCUGGCAUCCUCUAGAUCUGUGCAGUUUCCGAGAUCUAUCUCGUUUCCAAGUUAACAUGUUCAUUCUGUUAAAUGAGUUUGUUUGUUUGUUGUUGAUUUUUGCUAGACAGCUCAAGUAUGAGGAUGAAGGGGAGGCAAAGAGAAGACUGUGUGAUUGAGUGAGAAGGCAGACCACCUUAGCUGGGGGGGCUGCUAGCUCCUUCUAUUUCACCCUCCUUGCUUUAAGUCUUUGAGGCCUCUGCCAUAGCCCAGGGCUAUUAAUAACUCCCUUCAUCCAGUGUGGUAUCCUUCUGGGUAGGUGAGUCACUUGUCUACGCGAAAAGAACACACUGCCAGAUCCGCUUGUGUUGAUGUGCUGGUGCUAAAGCUGAGGGUGAGGCUGGUGCACCAGAUUUAAUCUCAUCCUAUGAGAACGGGACCAGGUAUUAUACAGAAGUCAAUCAAGGAAUUUCUUACAGCACAAAGGCAGACAUGGUACAGGAGAAUGGAUCUAAUUUUUAAAGGUCGGUUUGUAGAUGUAUUUUGGUAAGAAGAGUUUCUUCUGAAUACUCAUGGAUAACUAGAUGAUUAUGUCUGGGAGACUAAAUUGUGCUAACCCAACAGAACUGUCACUAGUAAGAGCUGCAUUAUUCUUGCAAAUAUAACUGUUUUUGUGUGCAGAGAUUGUGGGGAUGUGUAAGAAUUUGGAGAAUUAACAGUAAUACCUAGUUCAAUUCUAGUUAAAUCAUUAACUUCUCUUGUCUCCAGACUAUAGUCUUGCAAAGAUUUGGGGGUAGACUUCACUCCCCAUUUCUCUCUCAUUGUGCUGUUUCCCCCUCUAGGGUCUCAACUCAAGAGGGAGGCUAAACUUUUUAAUACUCUAAUGGAAAGUCAGAAACAACUGAGAAGAGAGAAAAAUAAGGGAUGAUAACUGCAAGUGAGGCAAUAGCAUUGUUUUCAUUACAGCCCUGUCUGAACGGAUUUGGCACUGUAGAUGUCAGUAUGCCUGAACCAUCUGCAGAGCCUAAGCCAUGGGCAAGCUUUAUACAUAUUUUCCAUCUGUUAAAUAUAGUUAUCAGAAUAAACAAUUUCACAACUUCACUAGACUCCUGAUUCCAGUGGCCUGCAGGACUCUAAGGAGAGAACUGGGUUUUAUCUACUGAAGAAUUUUACAGUCCAGUUAAGAGAAGCACCAAUAACCAACAUACUUUUUUUGUUUCUUAACACAGUGAGAAAACUCUAUAUAUAAUUGAAGGGGAUGAGAGUAUUGGUCAGAAUGUACAGAAAUGUUGGUCUGGAACUUCCUUCUAACAGUAAGAUGGGUUAGAACCUAACCCUUAGGAAGAGUCGUCCUAGAUGGCUCUGGCAUCAAGCCGUGCCUUUUCUCAGCUUGACACAGUGGGCGAGCAAAGUUACGUGGUGACUGCCUGUUAACUGCAGGGAGAAAGCCAAACUGGAAUAAUUGGAGAGAGCUUAUUGUACGAACAUCUGGAAAGCAAUUUAUUGAGUGGGCCUCACCAUUUAUUUUAUUUCCUUGCUCCAGCGUCCAAUAUCUUUGGGCUACAAGAGAGAGACAGAGAAAAAGAAGAUGGCUUGGUUCUAACAUUCCCUUUAAUCUAUGUACUGACUUCAGACUGGCUUCAUCCUUGGGAAUUCUUCUCUGCCGUGCUGUGCAUUCUCUGUGGGUCAAACAUAGACGUGGACAACUGUGCGGCAAUGGGAGAUGAGAGGGGCAUGACCCGGAAGCUCCUGGAAUGCAGUCUCAGUGAUAAGUUGUGUAUUAUCCGGGAGCAGCAAUAUGAGAUCAUCAUCAUCCCAGCCGUGCUGGUUGGCAUCUUCCUCAUCCUUCUCACAGUCAUCUUGUGGCUUUUUAUCAGGGGACAAAGGGCCCAACGACAGUCCCCUGGACCCCAAGGCAUUGCCGCCGUGCCUCCAUCUAGGGACCUGAACUGGGACGCAGUGGGACACGGAGGAAGUGUGUUUGUGCCACUUACGGAAACGUCAGUGGAAAGCCUCCUACGAGCCAGCACACACACCCUGGCCACGCUGCAGGUGCCCCGGGAGCAACUCUCUGAAGCUCUGGAGCAGAUCUACAGUGGUAGUGGUGGGGCCAUCUAUCGAACCAGCAUGUAUACUGGGGACCCUGCUAAGCCCAAGAGUGUUGUCCUCAAGGCUUUAAAAGAACCAGCCAGGCUCCAGGAGGUGCAGGAUUUCUUAGGGCGAAUCCAGUUCUAUGAGCACCUGGGGAAGCAUAAGAACCUGGUACAGCUGGUUGGCUGCUGCACGGAAGGGCUGCCGCUCUACAUGUUGUUGGAGGACGUGGCUCAGGGGGACCUGCUCAGCUUUCUCUGGACCUGUCGCCGGGAUGUGAUGACCAUGGAGGGCCUUCUCUAUGAUCUCACAGAAAAACAAGUCUAUCACAUUGGAAAGCAGGUCCUUUUGGCCUUGGAAUUUCUCCAGGAUAAGCACCUGUUCCAUGGGGAUGUGGCAGCCAGGAACAUCCUGAUCCAAAGUGAUCUCACUGCCAAGCUCUGUGGCCUGGGCCUGGCUUAUGAAGUGUACACCCAAGGGGCCAUAUCCUCCACUCGCACCAUACCUGUCAAGUGGCUCGCCCCGGAAUGGCUCCUGUUGAGACCAGCUGGCAUCAGAGCAGACAUCUGGUCCUUCGGAAUCCUGCUUUAUGAGAUGGUGACUCUAGGGGCACCACCAUAUCCUGAAGUCCCUCCUACCAGCAUCCUACAGCAUCUCCAAAGAAGGAAAAUCAUGAAGAGACCCAGUAGUUGCACACCUACCAUGUACAAUCUUAUGAAGUCCUGCUGGCGCUGGAGUGCGGACAGCCGCCCCUCUCCCAAAGAGUUACAGUCACGCCUAGAAACCGCUGCUCGGACAGCGGAUGAUAAGGCUGUGCUGCAAGUACCAGAGCUGGUGGUGCCUGAACUGUACGCGGCUGUGGCAGGCAUCAGCAUGGAGAGCCUCUCCUACAGCUACAGCAUCCUUUGAAGAUCCCAGAGCAGGGAAAACUUACAGAUGAUCAUAUACUCUUGGAACCAAUUCCUCCAAGAACAUAGACCUCCUAGUGUGGGACAUAAUGGGAGAAAUGGCCAUGGAUCCUGGAUUUUCUCCUACACAUACUCGUAGGUGCCUGAAAUGAUGCUGGAUGAGGGUCUACACACCAUAUACCCUUGAGACUGAGAAGUACAGUCUCAUUUAUGCCCCCGGCUUCAUUUUUGCUGCCCCAAUCCUAAGACCCAGAGGAGACGUGCCAGAUGGGGUCAUGGCAAAGGAGGUCUUAGAAACCCGCAGUGUUUGUUGCAGCGUGGCACAAGCCAGAUGGUCUCAAUCACCACAGGCUGGUUUCCUCCUGAAGCAUGAUUGUAUCUAGACUAUUAUAAGGUCCAGAGAAAUUGGAAUCAAACGAAGGAACAAAAAGCUGAUGAAGUUGACAAGAAAGAAAAUAACAGGUUCUGUUUGCUCAGGAGUAUAGAUGUGGAGCAAGGUCAUCCUUCAAAGAGAAGGUGGAGGAAGGAAAUAAAGGUCCUCAAGUCCUGGUCCUUUCAUGCAGGGCUGGAGGAGAACCAUGAAGGAAAACUUUUGAGUUUCCCUUGGGUAUAGAUAAGAGUAGGAUGGUCCCCUUUUAUCAAAUCUAAGACAGAUGAACCUUGUUGGUACUACUUUUAAUUAGAAGCCGGAGGCAUCAUGUCAUGAAUAAGAACAUUCGACAUACAUUGUUCAUCAGGCUGGCUUCCUGGUUCUUAUAAGACUAGGGAGGCUGAGCCUAGGAAGUUAGUUAGGUCCUGAUGAAUACACUGCAUGUGUAUUUGACAAACAGGAAAUGUGAAAACUAAGCAAGGAUGCUUAGUGGGCUAGGAGGUCUUUAACAAGGGCUAGAAAAUGAUGUAACCUCAGACGGAAGUGUGGUAGCUUCUGGUUUUCAAUCAUCCAUUGAUGCACCAUGAAACUUUUUUCAUUAAAUUAAUAUUUAUUGAAUGAAAGUAGGCUUUUCUGGUAUACAGCUGCCAAAAUCUCUACGUUUGGGGAUAAAUGCAAAUAAAUGUAAAUUAAUGUUCAUAGAAACAUUCAAGAGACAAUCUAUUUUAUCAGACAAGGAAUUCAUUGUGUGUAUCAAACAAUGGGGCUAAUAUGCACCUCAAAGGGUUGCAGUGAAGUUUACAUUGUGUAUUUGUACAAGAUCUGGCAGAUAAUGUGUGCUCAGUAAGUGUUAGGUUCCUUUCUUCUCCCCUUCCUAUCCUUAACUAUUUCCUAUCUUUUUCAUUUAAAAUCUAUGAUAGCCUAGAGGAGAACUUUGGUCUGCCAGUCACACUGCAAGGAGGACAUGCUUAAAGGUGAUGGUAUGGUACAAGUGCCACAUGCCUAAAAUAAUGGACUCAUCAUUUGUGUGUGAGCAUCUUUGUGAUGAUAGUAGUCUCUACUAUUUCAAAACACCAACAAUAUCAUGGUGAUGACUAUUCAGUUAAACACAUGAUCUGUGAUUUUAAAGAAUACUCUGGCGGGACACCUAAGGCUACUGUAGGAAAGAAGUUGUCAACUGACUGUUGACAUUUCUGUAGAAAGUAGGAUCCUGAUGGAGUCAUGAUGAGUCUUGCAACCCAGUAACGAUUCUUGCACCUAUAGGAAUACCACAAUGAUUAGUCAAGAUUUAACUGGGUGGCAAGUGGCAGUACGUAAAAGAGAGGUCACAACAUGAUCAAGUCCUGUGGAAUCUCACUGUUGCUUCUUGGCUGUUCAAUGAAGUCAAAUAUACAAAAUAUUUAUUUAUUCAAAUAUUUAAAAAUAACUGAAUGGCAAAGCUGGUUAUGCCAGAUGCUGUGCGAGGUGUUAGACAGAAGAAACAGAAAGCUUUGGGUUAGUCUAGAAAGUAAGAGGCAUUAUGUACACAAUUACACAUUGUGGUAAGGGCUAUGAAGAAAACGUGUGAUAGUAGAAGGGGAUAUAAGGUGUGGACUUCCCUGAAGAAAUGGCAUUUAAACUGAGACCUUAGGGGUGGGUAAGGAAGCCUGACAGAGAGGAGAUGAGCCUUCCAGGAGAAGGACCGUAUGUGUGAAAGCUCUGAGACAAAACAAAAAAGCUUAGUUUGUUCGGGGAACUGCAAGGAGGUAAAUGGGACGGGAGCAUAGUGAGCCAGGAAGAAAGUGGUGCUUAAUGAAACACAGCAUUCAUUGCUCUUUUAUACUAUGUUAAUACUUGUUUCAUUAGGAAGGAAAGCAGCAGACAAUUGCUAUUUUACCCAUAACUUUGUUUUUCUGAAUAUAGGCCUGGAAAAGUAGAUACAGUAUUUGUUUAUUCUAAGAAAACUGGGUCUUUCCCUGACCAGGCUUUUUCCAAAAGGGGGAUUAUAUUUCUGGCAUCUUUGACUUGUCUGCCAAACCAGGUAUUUCCGGGCUAAUGAAUGGAAAAGAGAAUUAAAGUAUUUACCAUUUAAUCAAGUUAAAUCCAUGUUACGAUUAUUUUAUUGUUUUGUUCUCACAUCCCCUAAUGUUGUUUUUCCAAUUCAUGCUUUAUUGUUAAAAAACAUUUCCAACAUAGCCAGGAUGUGAGCGCUCUCCUGGAUACAGUGUCUAAUUGAAACUUAAAAAUGCAGUUUAGCUUAAAAUAAUCUGAACCGUAGUUUUUAAAUCAUGCUCACAUAGAACACUAGUGUUUUUCAUGCUACAUUUCAGUAUUUUGUUAUUAAAACUGAAUAACAAUUUUUCCCCAUUUUAAAAGAAAAGUAAUUUAAUGGAUAGAAUCUUGAUUUUAACCUUGCUGUAAUAAUUUUAUUAAAAUUUAAAGAUGUAUUGAAAUUAAUAAGACUGGAAGGACAGCCUAUUAUAAUUAAUUUAACAGACUUUUUUUGUUUUGGAAAUAACGGUAGUUAUGCUAUGUGUUAGAAACACAUCACAUGCUGAGAAAAAUUACUAGUUUUAAUAACGGAAUUAAAUAUAUCAUCAUGUCAUAAAAAUUUAUCAAUAGUUGUAAGUGCUAACCAUAUAUAAACAUACCUGAGAAACAAUGAUGUGGAAAUUUCAUAGUUUCUGCAUGAUGGUGAUUCUCUUGUUAAAAAAAUAAUACCAUUGAGCAGUUAAAAAGACAUAUGGUUAAAAUUCCACUAAAAAGUCUAUUACAGAAGAGAGGAGAGAAAGGUUAUGUAAAUAGAUAAAGACUGAAAUAGACUAUCGCAUUCUGACAUUUUAAAAAAAUUUAAUUACCUUAGAAUGUCUUAAACCAUGUAUUCUUGAUUUACUACUCUGAUCCAUUAAUGGAAUGAGAUAAACCUAAGAGCUUUUGUUCUGUAAAUACAAAAUUAAAGAACAACAAAAUGAAAAUAAAAAACUAUCCCCUGCAGUGUAUAUCACAGGAAAGUCAUAACAUAUUUCUGAAAACUAAGUAGGAAUGAUUCAAUAAUUUUAAAUAGAAAGGCAAAGGGGUAUAAGAAUAGAGCAGACAGAUCAAACGAAGAGAAAAUUUUAGAUGCAGGAAAAAUCAGCACAUUUUAUAAGAUUAACACUUUCAAGAAGUAAUCUUCUCUGACUGUAGUCCUGACUUGACUCCUCACCAUGGCGAAAAGCAAUAAACUUCUAAAAACCCAAGUGGAAAAUUA